CCGACAUUUAAAAAUGGCGAACGAAAAGAGCGAGAGGAUGAUCCUCGGCAUUGUUUUCUAUUAUUAAUAUUUGUUAAUAGAAAAAAAAAAAAGAUUUAGUGCGAAUUUACACAACUAAUUCAAGUUUUGUUGUAUCGUUGUGUAACUAUUAUUUCUAAGAAGAAACAUGGUUCCUCCUGUUGUCAUUUGUUGCGUAUCUUUGAUUGUUAUGAGUUUGGGAUUUAUUCUAGGCUGGACCUACUUUGAGUGUUCUCCCCACGUUAUUCUCAGUUGUUAUAUUAUUUACAUUGUACUGGCCUGUUCUUCUCUGCUUAUCGGCCCGCUGAUAAUGAUACUGAUCAACAUAGCUCUGUCACCGAAGCACCAGACCGGUUCUGGUACUGUCAAGAUCGUCGCCGAGAUGGACGCCUUUCGCAACAUGUUGAUGAAAGGACACGAGGCAACGGCAGCUAAUAUUAAAAAACACACGCGUUAUCCCAUGGUUUUUACACGUUUAGUGGACAACGCUCUGCAAAAUCUCUUGGAUUUGAUCUUUCAAGACUUCGUAGGUUCUUGGCUGAACUCUCUUGCUUUCGGUUCGGAACAGCUGCUGGAUAACAUGAAGCAGGACAUGUGGGGCGCGAUACAAAGCCUUCACGAGCGCCUGUCGCGUAUUGAUCACACUAAAUUGGUGGUUUGCAACAUAGUGAACAAGCUAACUUUUCAUUUUGAAAAGAUCAGGAUAGCUCAGGCAGCUUCAUCGGAAGGAGAAGAUCCUGUAUUUAUUUUAUCGGCGCAUCUGAUGUCGCCUGUCGCCGAAUUGGAAUAUUUGAGGAAAAUCAGCGAACUUUACAUUUUAUUUUUGUUACCACGCAGUUAUUCUCUCUCUCCCGUGAAAUUUCUCUUGAGAGAAGUUCUCGCAUGUAAAAUUUUGAAACCAGCGAUAGAUCUAAUCACGGAUCCUGAUUACAUCAAUCAGAAGAUCUUGGGUUACAUCGAUCAACAGCAGCUUGCCGAGGCAAUGCACAGAAAGACUUACGAAUACGCGGAAUCUUUUGAGGAUUUUAUUCACAUGAUCAAGAGUACCAAAGACUUGGAAGUUCUUAAACAUAUCAGAUACAACAUCGUUACCGAGAUUAUGCAGGCCACCACAAUACAAAACGUCAAACGGGCUCAGGGUCUGGAUUCCGAGAACAACGCGCUCGGAAACUCCGAUGCUGUUCGAGCAAGAAAAUUGAAGAGGUACAUCAAUCAGCUGACGUACGCCAAAAACAUUUGCGAAUGCCACAUGCAGACACUGGGUUGGAACGGAUAUCCUCCUCAGGAUACGGAAAUCUUUGACGCUACAGAGAUCGCGGAAGGCAGAAUAGUUCCUCUGCAAAUUAUUCUGGACAACGUGACCGGACGACGAUACCUUUCUCAGUUCUUGGAAAAAGUUUCCAGUCAAGAUUUAAUCGGCUACUGGGCGGCGGUGCAGGAAUUACGUGCCGCUGAACGAUCCACGUGGCAUCAGUUAGGAGCCGAAAUCUUUUACACUUACAUCAGAUCGCCAACUGCCGAGAUUAAGGUGGAUAAAAAUGUUCGAAAGCGAAUGGAGGCUUUUCUAAUGGGUGAUACGGGACCCGGUGUAUUUUACGAGGUUCAGGAUAGUGUGGUUAAAACGCUUCAGGAAAAGUAUUAUCCGUCGUUCCUCGUUAGCGAACAGUACAAGAAUAUGCAGGAGGCGUUGAUCAAUGAAAGAGCGGAGGAUUUGGUCGAGGAUCGCGGCAUCGUUGACGGCACUCUGUCGGAAUCCUCAACCUUGCUCGUUGGCGAACAAUCGAAUUACGCCCGCAGUAAAUUGGACCAGUUGCAGGAAAAGCUGAAUAACAAAAUGCAGGCUCUGCAGGCCCUCAAAUCUUCUCUUAAACCCGAGAGCAAAGUGUUGAGCAUAUUGGCGAAAGAAGUCGAGUGCUUGCAAGGCGAGAAACAACAAUUGGAAGCGCAUUUAAAUCGUACAGAGAUGUGGGCCGAGCAUUUAGGUCAUUGGAGAGUCGAUGUGCAGAGAGCAGAGAUACCUGAUAACGGGAACCCUCCGCAAUUUAUACUGAUUGUCCACAUGGCAGAAAACAAAAACAAUGACGAAAGCACGUCCAGCGGAUGGGUUGUGUUAAGGAAACUACAAGAUUUUCAGGAUCUCCAUAGAAAACUACGUCCGUUAUGUUCUAACGUUAAAACUCUGGACUUACCUUCGCAACCUCUUAAGUUUUUUGGGAAAUCCGACAAGGCCACUCUCGAGAAGGCCAAGAUGCAGAUACAAAAAUAUUUGAACUUUGUUUUGGAUGAUGAGAGACUUAAUCAGAGCGAGGCGUUGUAUGCUUUUCUCAGUCCUAGCUCGGAACAUCUUAAGGCUGUGGCGCCGUCCCCAAAGAAAUCUCGUUUCUCUUUUUCCACAUUAUUCAAAACAUCUGUCGGUAGCAACGAUCCGCGCGAUAAAGAAGAGGAAGAAGAUUAUUCAUUGUUGCUAGACGACAACGAAACGGGCCGAACUGGCACGGAUAACUAUCUAAAUGCAAGCAAGGACGCGAUUGCGGAACCGCUGUACACACUUUUAGAAGAAGUUUUCGACCUUAGAGGAGUAUUCUGUUGGCUCAGACGAUCUCUUAUUGUUUUCGUGCAGAUUACUUACGGACGAACUAUAAACAGACAAAUUCGAGACACCGUUGCGUGGGUGUUUUCCGAACCGAUGCUUCACUAUUACAUACAAUUGUUUACGAAAUCGUGGUGGCCGAACGGACAACUCGUGUCCGAAACUGUCCUUCGUACCGACGAGGAAAAGUUAAAAACACGCGGCGAGGCACGCAGGCAGUUUCUCAACAAUGUACCUGAAGUGUUGACGAAUCUAGUGGGAGCGCAAAGUGCUCAGCGUGGCGCGACUAAAGUUUUCGAUUCGCUGCAGAACGUGAAUCUGAACAAACAAUUAUUUUACGAUAUAUUUGAAACAUUAAUGUACGAAGUAUUUCCAGAACUAUACAAUGUUUCUUAACAAAAUAAAUAAUCGAUGUUACGCAUAAAUGAGUAUGUAAUGUUUUCUUUCACUUAAAAGAGGAUGCUAUUUGGUCAAGGUAAAAUUUCAAAAAUCCAAUCUCUUUUUACGAAAGAUUAAGUAAAUGACAACAUUGGAAUACGACCAAUAAGAGAAAUAGGAAUGUGCGCUCGCAUGUGUUGUGUGUGUAUGUGACAAAAACGAAUUUAUUAUUCAACAUUUCUAUAGUAUUUUUAGAUAUGCAAUCGAAAUCUGUCCGCGGAAUAUGUAACAAAUGCAUAUACACAUUACAUCGCGUAUCUUUCAAGUAACUGUAAAACAGAACAAAAUUCUGCUAUUACGUAAUAAUACUUACAAUUAAAACUAUAAAAGGUAGAAAUGUCAACUUCACUAUGUUCGUUUUUUUUUUUCGUUUUAAUCAUCAUAUAAGGAUAUAAAGUAUAAACAAUUGAGCUGGUGCAUAUAACUUGCAAUUUUAACAGCAUUACGGUAUAUAUAUCUCAUGUGUUUCUAUGAUACAUAUUUAAUACUUUCUAAUAGCCUCUCUCUUUCUCUCUCUUUCUCUCGCGCGCGUAUAGGAGGGACAUAUCUUAUACAUUAUGGAGUAACCUGUAUCUGUCGCUUUUAAAAAAGAAUAUUUUUUAUAUCCGAGAAAAGCAAAUAUCUAGGAAUACUGAAUAUUUGUGACUGAAUAUAUAUAUGUAUGUGUAUAUAAUAAUAUAUAUAUAUAUAUAUAUAUAUACGCACAUAUUUACGCAUGCACACCCAUCCACACGCACACGCGCACACUAGUAUAUAUAUUAUUUAAAUAAUAUAUAAUAAGAGAGAGAUAUAAAUACAAAAGUAGAGUGAUUGAUGUAUGGAAGUCAAAAGAGUAUAUAAUGGACGUAUAUAAAUCUUGAUAAGGGCAAUUAUCUCUGUUUACAAGUAUAUUUUUUUUUAUCACGCUAUAUGUAUAUGUACGUAUAUACAUACAUAUGUUUCGAUGAUUGAUCUCAUCUGAGUAUAAUUAAUUUUACGGUAACUUAUAUACAUGUAUAUAUUUUUAUAUACACACAUAUAUAUAUAUAUAAU